AUUUUGCUUUUCAAGAUGCUAAAAAUUUAUAUAUGGUUAUGGAUUACAUGGCCGGAGGGGAUUUGGUGAAUGUUAUGAGUAACUACAACAUUCCUGAAAAGUGGGCCAAGUUCUAUGGUGCUGAAAUGGUGUUAGCUCUUGAUGCUUUUCACAGCAUGGGGUUUAUUCACAGGGAUGUAAAACCAAAAAACAUGCUUCUGGAUAAACAAGGUCAUCUCAAGCUUUCAGGUUUUGGAACGUGUUUGAGAAUGGAUAAGGAUGGUAAGGUUAGAUCAGACACAGUUGUUGGUACACCAGAUUACAUCUCUCCAGAGGUUCUCACAUCCCAAGAUGGUGGAGGCUACCAUGGCCGUGAAUGUGACUGGUGGGGUGUAGGGGUGUCCUUAUAUGAGUUACUGAUUGGUGACACUCCGUUUGAUGCUGACUCAAUUGUAGAAACCCACGGUAUGCAAAUUUUGUUGUGCAGUUGUUGGCAAUGCCAACGUUGCAAAUGAGGGUUUAAUGUCAUAGAUCUGGGCCCCUGAAACUGUUUUCCCAUACCAGGGAUAUUGAAACAUUCCUCUUGUUCUCACCUUACGUGUAACAAAUAAACAUGAACCUCAAUUUAUGAACCUUUCCU